UGGAAGGAGAAAUCGAAACCAAGUAAAGUGACUAUGGAUAUUCUUUUUCUCUCUAUUUCCCUCUCUCUAUUCUCUCUUCUUCUUGCCUUUAGCUUUCUAUUUCGAUCUCGUCGCCAGAACCUCCCGCCGAGCCCACUUUUUUCUCUUCCAAUAGUAGGCCAUCUUCAUCUCGUCAAACAUCCCGUCCACCAAACAUUUCAUGAACUUUCACACAAGUAUGGUCAUGUCUUCUCUCUUCGAUUCGGCUCACGUGUCGUUGUUGUUGUAUCAUCCCCUUCCGCCGUGCAAGAAUGCUUUACAAAGAAUGAUAUCGUUCUCGCAAAUCGGCCAUUGUUGAAGAGUGGCAAGCUUCUAGCAUACAACCAUACCACCAUGGCAGUGGCCCCUUACGGCGAACAUUGGCGAAACCUUCGCCGCAUCGGCACCCUCGAGAUUUUCUCGACAACCCGACUAAAUAUGUUCUUGGGAAUUAGAGAAGAUGAAGUAAGGAAUUUGAUGCUUAAAUUAUGUGAGAAUUCAUUUGAAGAAUUCACGGCAGUGGAGCUGGAGCCAAUGCUGUUCGAUCUUACUUUCAAUAUUGUUAUGAGAAUGGUGGCUGGAAAGAAGUAUUAUGAGGAGCAACAAUCUAAGAAAUUUAGAGAGAUGGUGACACAAGUUUUGGCACAUGUUGGGGCAACAAAUCCAGGAGAUUUCAUACCCAUAUGGAAUUGGAUUGAUCCAACUGGCUUUGAGAAGAGGAUAAUUAAGCUUGGACAAAGAUCAGAUGAACUCCUUCAAGAACUAAUUGAUGAGAUUCGAAAUCAAGAAGGUGGAGACAACACCAUGAUUGACCAUUUACUUUGCUUGCAGAAGAAUGAGCCUGAAUAUUAUAGUGACCAAAUUAUCAAAGGCCUGAUACAAGUUAUAUUAUUAGCGGGGAUUGACACAGCCGCUGUGACUUUAGAAUGGGCACUUUCUCGAUUGCUCAACAAUCCAGAGGUAUUGGAGAAAGCGAAAGCUGAAAUAGAUUGUUUCGUUGGGCAAGAACGUCUGGUUAAUGAAGCUGAUCUGUCAAGUUUGAUUUACCUGCAAGGAAUAAUCUGGGAGACUUUGCGGUUGAACCCAGCAGCUCCUCUCCUUAUCCCGCACUGCGCAUCUGCAGACUGCAAAAUAGGAGGAUAUGAUGUACCACGUGACACGAUUAUAUUGAUUAAUAUUUGGGCUAUACACAGAGAUCCAAAUCUAUGGGAGGAUGCUACCAAUUUUAAGCCAGAAAGACAUGGAAAUACAAUUGGAGUUGACUCUUACAAACUAUUACCAUUUGGGUCGGGGAGGAGAUCCUGUCCUGGCGUGGGAAUGGCACAACGAGUGGUUGGUCUGACUUUGGCAUCAUUGAUACAAGGCUUUGAAUGGGAAAGAAUGAGCAACUCAUUAGUUGAUAUGACUGAAGGUAAAGGGCUCACUAUGCCCAAAGCUCAACAUUUGGUAGCCAAGUGUAAACCACGCCCAAUCAUGAAACUUAUUCUCAAUGAAGCAAUAAUCACUUAGGUUGAAAAGCAAGUCGUUGAUGUCAUAAGUCAAACAGGCAGGUGUGAGAGUUCUUCACUGCACUCAUGGAAGAAAAGGGAUCGUCUCCGAUCUCUACUUGGUUAGUCUUAUCUUCUUAUUAAUUUAGUAGCCGAAGUAUAAGUUGGAUUUGACGAUAUUUGAAAAUUGAUAAAUGGUAGAUUAAUUAAUUUCCUUCUUUCAUUUUAUCAUUAUGUACAUCGCUUAUGUGGAUGGAGAAAUUUUAGAUCUUCCAGAGCUUUCGA